GAAAGAAAAAAUUCCGCUCCAAUCCAUCUCCCAUCUUCUCACGCACAAAUUAAGUGUUCUUUAUUUGGAAUUGAAGAUCAUAAGGAUUUUUAAACAUUUGGGAAGCUUCGGAGAGAUCCAUGAUCCAGUUUCUCUACUGAUCUAAUUCAUGGCGCUUUCGGGUCCGAAACGACUUUUUCUGUUACUCGCUUUGUCUUACGCGAUCGUCGCCAUUGCAGGGAAGAGUUAUUAUGACAUAUUGCAAGUGCCGAAAGGAGCAUCGGAUGAGCAGAUCAAAAGAGCAUAUAGGAAGCUAGCAUUGAAGUAUCAUCCUGAUAAGAAUCCCAGUAAUGAAGAGGCCAAUAAGCGAUUUGCGGAUAUCAGCAACGCUUAUGAAGUGCUGUCGGAUAGCGAAAAGAGGGGCAUAUAUGAUAGGUAUGGAGAGGAAGGCCUGAAGCAACAUGCUGCCAGUGGAGGCGGAGGAGGAAUGGGGGUUAAUAUGCACGACAUUUUUAGCUCGUUUUUUGGUGGGGGCACGAUGGAAGAGGAAGAGAGAAUUGUGAAGGGUGAUGAUGUAAUUAUUGAAUUGGAGGCAACACUGGAAAAUCUGUACACGGGAGGUACUCUUAAGGUUUGGAGGGAGAAAAAUAUCUUAAAGCCAGCUCCUGGUAAACGACGCUGUAACUGCAGAAAUGAGGUUUAUCAUAGGCAAAUUGGUCCAGGGAUGUUCCAACAAAUGACUGAGCAGGUUUGUGAGCAGUGCCAAAAUGUCCAAUAUGAGCGAGAGGGUUAUACUCUCACAGUUGAUAUUGAGAAAGGAAUGCAAGAUGGACAAGAGGUAGUAUUUUAUGAAGAUGGUGAACCUAUAAUAGAUGGAGAACCCGGAGAUUUGAAGUUCCUCAUUCGCACUGCACCCCAUGACCAUUUCAGAAGGGAAGGCAAUGACUUGCACACCAAUGUUACUAUAACACUUGUUGAAGCUCUUGUUGGUUUUGAGAAGACCAUUAAACAUCUUGAUGACCAUUCAGUGGACAUUGGCUCCAAGGGUAUCACUAAGCCCAAGGAGGUGAGAGAAUUCAAGGGAGAAGGAAUGCCAUUGCAUUUUAGUAAAAAGAAAGGUAAUCUGUAUGUUACAUAUGAUGUUUUAUUCCCAACAUCUCUGAGUGUAGACCAGAAGUCCAAAAUCAAACAACUUCUUGGGUAGGAAUAGUGCAUACGAGAUUUCCUUCAACGUAUAAACUAGGAGAGCCUGAAGAGUUACUGAUUUUUCUUCCCUCCCCUUUUUUUUUCUUCUAUUUCCUCCCUCCUUAACAAUAUGUCCUUGCGCUGUAAUACGUUAAACUAUCUACCAAAUUGUAGAGACUGUAUGUAUUCAAAAAAAAAUAAAUGCGGCAUUUAGUAUGUAUCUAGCAGGCCUGAGUUUCGAUUU